AUGGGAAAGAGCGCCGUUCCAAAUCUAGCAAGCCUCCUGCACAAAAGGAUUGUGGUGAGGAUUGGUGGAGGACACACACUCAAGGGAUUACUGACAGGAUACGACGCAUUCAUGAACAUAGUGUUGUCCGAGGUCACGGAGCCUAGCGGUGUGGAAGACACUGCUGUCGUGCGCGGAGAGUUUAUAGAGGACGUGGUGGUUGCAGAGGAAGCCUCUUUAUCCGUGGCAGGCAUGUGA